AUGUCCAAUCGAAGGGAUCCCUUUACGGACCAACCGUACCCAGAACUUGGCCGGCAUGCUCUCUCCGACAACGGGGAUAGUCCCGCCACAAGAACUCCUGUGGAAGACCAUCAUUAUGGAAACUUGAUUCCCUCCCAGAGUCAUUCUCACUCCGGCGAAUCUGACGAGUACGAAUUAUCAACACCGUCCGGACGAUAUGAUCAAACCCCGAUCCCCUUCUGCCAUCAGGAAGACGAGGAAGGAAUCCCACUCAAGGAGGCUCCCUUCGAUUCUCAUUUGGGCGGAUUUCGUCCCGAGGCUGGCGGGCUAGCUGCCGACCAUUCCAAAACUGAAUUUGAUCCAGUGGCCAGCUUCGGCUUCCCGGUGCCCAAUUUUUCGGACAACAACCAAGAUUCUAGAUAUAGUACAACCUCCAGUGCGAAUCUCUAUCGCUCCCAAACGACCACUGAAGCUUGGGGAAGAAGGCAGCGAAUUGAUCCCAAACGUGCAAAGACGAUCAAAGUAAAACUUCAACAUGGUCACUUUGUUAAUGAAUAUCCGGUUCCGACUGCAGUCAAGAAUGGGAAUCUGGCUGGCGGCUACAAAGGCGAAACGACGGAAUUCUCGCACAUGCGUUACUCUGCAGUCACCUGUGACCCAGACGAUUUCACCAGAGAGGCGGGUUGGACACUGCGCACUGAGAAUUACGGCCGACAAACCGAAUUACUUGUGGCCAUUACCUAUUAUAACGAAGACAAAAUUUUAGUGGCUCGUACUUUACACGGUGUUAUGAUGAACCUACGGGACAUGUGCAAAGCAAAAUGGAGUGAAUUCCGACAGCUUGCAAAAAGAGGGGGCGAGGAAGCGCCCUCAGAAGCCUGGAAGAUGAUAUCGGUGGUUCUAGUUUUCGACGGAAUCGAACCGGCAGACAAAUCGACACUUGACGUGCUUGCCACCAUUGGCCUAUAUCAGGAUGGAAUCAUGAAGCGUCAAGUUGAUGGGAAGGAGACUCAAGCUCAUCUUUUCGAGUACACCACCCUUCUGUCAGUUUCUCCAAAACCUGAGCUCAUACAGCCUCAUGCAAACGAUCCAGCCAACCUGGUGCCUGUUCAAAUGACAUUGGUAUUAAAGCAAAAGAAUGCGAAGAAGAUCAACUCGCACAGAUGGCUGUUUAAUGCGAUUGGCGCUCACCUCGAACCUGAAGUUUGCAUCCUGAUUGACGCCGGGACCAAACCUGGCACCCGCUCAUUGUAUUAUCUUUGGGAAACCUUCCAUCACAAUCCACAUAUGGGAGGGGCUUGCGGCGAAAUUCACGCCAUGUUGUCGCGAGGGAAAAAGUUGAUCAAUCCGCUGGUGGCGGCUCAAAACUUUGAGUACAAGAUGUCUAAUAUUCUCGACAAGCCUUUGGAGUCUUCCUUCGGCUACGUUUCGGUCCUUCCUGGCGCGUUCUCUGCCUACCGCUAUCGUGCCAUCCUCGGCCGUCCACUACAACAAUACUUUCACGGUGAUCAUUCUUUAUCCGAACGCCUAGGAAAGAAGGGAAUUCAGGGCAUGGGAAUCUUUAAAAAGAACAUGUUUCUGGCUGAGGAUCGAAUUCUGUGCUUUGAGCUAGUUGCGAAAGCAAAAUCGAGGUGGGUAUUAGGCUACGUCAAGCCUGCGAAGGGUGAAACGGAUGUCCCUGAAGAAGCAGCUGAGCUUAUUGGGCAGAGAAGACGAUGGUUGAACGGUUCAUUUGCUGCCGGUAUAUAUUCUCUCGCUCAUUUCAAUCGCAUGUACAGCUCUAGCCAUGGUAUUAUCAGGAUGUUCUUUCUCCACGUCCAAGCGCUUUACACAACGGCAGGGCUUGUCAUGAGUUGGUUUGCUCUAGGAAACUGGUUUACCACGUUUGCUGCAAUCAUCGACAUCAUUGCGGAAAAUUGGCGGGAUCCCGUGAGUCUCAUUGGCAUAUCCAACUACACCCUAACCGCGCCACCAUCGCCUCCAACAUCACACGAGGAAGCUCAAGCUUUAGUAUCUUGGAAGAUCAAAGAAUGUUGGUCUGGGACUGUAUUUGACAAUUCCGCACAUUUGAGAGAUAACUCUGUGCCAUCAAAACAUGACUACCUCGGUAUUGCCAAUUGGAUUUUAAAGAUUGUAUAUCUUUGUUUGGUAGCUUUGCAAGUAAUAUUGGCCUUGGGCAAUCGGCCAAAAGGCGAAAAGGCCGCAUACCUCAUCUCAUUUGUUAUUUUCGGCAUAUUUGCCGCAUAUCUACUGGGAAUGACUCUGAUUUUGACCAUUGAGGCGUUUUGCCCUUUAUCUGCCCAACUCCAGGCAGCUCAAGGGGGACAAAUCCUUGUCGUGUUUAUGGGCUCUACUUAUGGCCCCAUUUUUGCUGGGAUCGCGGGUACAUUCGGAAUAUACAUCAUAGCUUCUGUUUUGUAUAUGGACCCCUGGCACAUCCUCCACUCCAUGAUUCCUUUCCUUCUGGUCGCUGUUUCGUUCACAAACAUCCUCAACGUUUACGCUUUCUGCAAUUUGCACGACGUAUCAUGGGGGACGAAAGGAUCGGACAAAGCAGAAGCCUUACCCUCCAUUUCCAGUAAGAAGGUCUCCAAAGAAGGUGAUGCGCAGAUUGUGGAAGACAUCCAUCGAAAUCAACACGAUUUAGAUGCGCAUUUUCAACAGACGGUCUUGAGGGCGGUCCAACCCUUCAAUGUGUCCGAGGAACCCGAAGCGCCAACAGAAGAUGACCAAAACAAAACCUUUCGAACUCGAUUUAUUGCUGUGUGGUUAAUCAUGAAUGCCAUUUUGACGAUUGCAAUGCUAAGGCUUAGCAGCGCCAACAGAACUAAAUAUUUUCAAGCGCUGCUUUGGUCUACCUUUGGGUUUUCAUUUAUAAAAUUUUGUGGUUUUGUGUACUACAUGGUAAGUCUCGACCAUCGCUUUCACAAGUUGAGGAUUAAAGCUGAUUUUUUCAACUCAGUUUGGAGCAUCAUUCUUCAGACUGGCAAGGCUUUGCGCCCGUGCCCGUCGAUGAUGCCCCUUUACAUUGUAGAACGAAGAAAAGAAAGGAAGACAUUUGACGCCUGGCAUCUCCCCGCAAAGCAUGUCUAUAAUUUUUUCUCUUCGAUCCUCCUUUGUCAAUUGAUCUAA